CGCGUUCGAUUUUCGUGAGACUCCUCCAGAAGAGACAUCCAAAACUUUGAAUCCGGGCUCUUCUCUACAACUACUAUGUCUGACUCGUUGGGGAGUCCCCCUCAGACAGACGUGCUGGAAACUCCAGAUCUUCCACCUCUGCCGCCGGUACCUCCGCCACCAAUACCCCCGCCGCCGAUCGGAGUCGACGAACCGACUCCAGAAACUCCCGCAGGUCCCGAGGAUUGCGCGAACAGCAACAAACGCAAAGCCGAUUUCAGCAGUGACGACGACUCAGAAGAUUCUGUGGCUUCCGACGAGAUCGAUAAACUCUUAGAUGAGAGCCUCAAGGAAGCAAGAAAAGCCGAAGAUGUUAUAAUACGCAAGAAAUUAAUUUGUAAACGAUACACCAAAGACGUGUACGACAUCCUUCCCGAGGACUGGGUGAUGAUAAAUCACAUUUGCGGUCUCCCUCUGUAUCUGAACCGGAAAACCAGAGUAUGCACUUGGAGUCGGCCUUAUUUUCUGGGCCCAGGCUCGGCACGAAAACAUGAAGUUCCUCAAAGCGCCAUCCCUUGCCUCCAUUAUGAGCGAAUCGCUGAGAAAUCUGUGAUUGGGGAGGCGAGCGCAGAACCGAUGCUAGUCGAUGCCCCGAAAGAUGAGGUCGGAUCCGAACAACGGCCCACGGAGACCUCCGAGGAAAAUGCGCCGAGCGAAGCACCGUCGACUACUGAGGCUGCGACCACCGGCGACCCCACCUCCUUGACACCUCAGCAGUUGCAAGUGAUGAACAAAGUUGGCAUUGAAACAGCUCAGGAAUGUCAGGUGCACCUGAAUGCGGAGCAGCUCAGAGAUUAUGCUAAAAGUCGCUUCGACAUCGAAGAAGUCACCGUGCGACAGUUCAAGUCAUGGGGAGCGCGUCGAGAAUUCCAGCGUGAGAAGAAAGUCAAGAAUCCGCCCACGCUGCCCUCGAGCACCCACCUGAUAACUUGCGAGAUUCCCAGUUCUGGAGUUCGGAACAAGCGGAAGGAAUUCGUUCUCAACCCUUACGGCAAGGGGCCAGUUGGUAUCCUGCACGAAUUCGUUCAGCAUUCCUUACGCGAGCAGCCUAAAUACACGUUCAAGGAGUUGGCCAGCAGUGAAACUCCAUACUGUGCAACGCUCCUGAUCGCGGAAGUAGAGUACGGAACCGGGUACGGUUCGAGCAAAAAGCAGGCGAAAACCGCAGCGGCUCAAGCAGCGCUCGAUAUCCUCUUGCCGUCAUGGAGAGGGCUCCAAAAGUCUGACGAAAAAGAUGAAAAAGAUCCUGCACAGGCUUCGAAGCAGCAUGAACUCGACUUUUUCGAUGACAUCGCAAUCGAAGACCCUCGACUGGCCGGGCUGUGCACCACAACAGGUCAACAGUCACCAUUCCAUAUUCUUGUCGAAUGUCUGAGACGGAAUUUCGGCCUGGUCAACGAGAGCGAAAUCAAACAUCAAGUUCUGAAGGAGAACGAGAAAUCGCAACGGAUCGUUUACCAAAUGUCUGUCGGCAGCCACACAGUCAAGGUUCGGGCGAAGAACAAACGCGACGGUAAACAGCUCGCAUCACAGCAGUUACUGGCGAAAAUGCAUCAGUACAUUUCCACGUGGGGUGGUAUCCUAAGACUGUACGGUCACAAUUCCUACAAGACACCCAGGGACAAGCGUCAAGAGCAACAAGCCAUAACAGAUCUCCAGACAAAGUCAACGGCCACCGGGCCGAACCACUUCAUCCUGAGUAAGCUACAGGAAGAAAUGCUCAAACUCCCCGCGGAGCAACGAGAGGCUCAAGGUGCCGGCAGUAAUAACAUGAAUAUGGUGAAAAUGUGACGCACAACACAGAGGAAUCUGUCGCGCUGGCCUCGUAUGGGGCUCGAGAACUCUCUGCAUGUGAAGAUCGGAUCCAUUUUUUCAGUGGGACCCAUUCGGAGCCCGCCGAUCUUGACUGUGGGGAUGCUCAUCUGACGAUGUGCACAGUCUCCAUCCGUACCGCCGAUUGGCUACGCCUGGAAUCAAGCGAAGAGAAGGGAGGAGUCGAACCCUUUUGUGUGAUACAGCCCCCGCCCAGGCAGAGUUGAUGAGAUGUUAUUUAUUUCCCGUCGAUCACGGGAAGAAGAAAUUCGACAUCCUAU